UAAAAAAAUAGGUUUAAUUUUAAUUUAAGCAUUAUCAAUAUAAAAAUUAUCAAACUACUAAUACUUUAAGUCAUGUCAAUAUCAAUGAGUGAUCUAAAAUCUUUUGAUGAUGAACAACAACAAGCUGUGAACAAACAUAUGCCUUUAAAAAAGACAUUUAGAUCGUUAGUUAAUAUCAAUCAAGACUCAAACUAUUCAGCAUACAAAUUUUCAAAUAAAAAUCAAAGCUCUAAUAAGACACAUGGUUGUGAUUGCUCAAAGCUAUUAGAUGAUUGUCAUCAUGAUGUUAUUUUAGAAAAUAAAGUUUCAAAAAUUAUAGAUACAAAUAUAGAAAAACCAGAUAGUUUAAUUUCUGAUAAUCUAAUCACUGAUAAAACUAUUUCAAAAAAUAUGCAAAAUUCGUCAAUUUUAAAUUGUGUUUCUUCCUCUUUUGAAGGGUAUGAAAAUUCUGACAAUAAAAGUAAUGUCAACAAUGAAUUGUUGUUUCAUAAAAAAGAAGAAUCUACCAAAACACAUUGGCUUAAAGGACAGUUGCACAAUUAUAUAUUUAAGUCUAAAGAUUAUUACAAUAAACGCUUAUCUCUUGAUGGUACUGAUCAAUUACAUAGAGAUGAUCAAAAUCUUAAUUCUUUUAAAGUAUUACAAAAUACUUCAGAAGUAAAUUUUCCUUUAAGCUUAACUACUAUGACAACAGAUGAAAGUCACUUGCCUUUGCUUGAAACUUCCCAGCAUACGUAUCGAAAUGAGAAAACUUCUAGAAGUCGUAUUUUUAAAAAUCAAAACAGUAAUCAACUUCGUAACCAGAUCCCUCCAGAUCAACCACCUACACCAAAAAAAGAUAAAAUAGAUAAUUCUAAAGCACCUAAAUCUCCUCGUUUAACAUUUUCUGAAUUAUUAAGUUCACAGAACAAAAUUCUGACACAAAAUACUGAAAAUUCAGGUGUUGUACCUGCAGGAUCAUCUUUAAAUAAAGACUUAUCUAUGAGUAGUUUAGAAAUUAAUGCACUUACUGAACUCUGUGUUCACGAAGAUUUAAAAGAUAAUCUGUAUCCACAACAAACUAUAAAUGUAAGUUUUUAUCAGCUAUUUGGAUUUUCAUUAAUAAUGUUUGCAUACAUGAUGUCUUUUUACCCAAAACUUUUAAACGGAAUAUUUACUGGAGCUCUUAUAUCUUAUUUAUACUGUUGCUUUUCAAUUAUCAAAUUGUGUCCCUCAAUUGAAAGUAUUCAAGAAUAUCGUAAAGAAUUGAAAUUUUAUUUUGAAGAAAGUGCAAAAGUUGUUGAAGGAAUCAAUAGAGUUCCCAAACCUGAGGUUUUACAAAAGCCAAAAGAUUUAAAAGGUUGGUUACAAGUUGCAGAUACAUACUGGGAUUAUUUAUUAGAAAAAUCUAAUUUAAAAGAUGCAUAUGUUGCGAUACAUGAAAACACUCUUUAUAUAUUUAUGUGUCAGUAUAAUAUUUUAGGCAAAUCAAAUAAACCUUUAGUUCAACCAAAGAGAAAUAACAAAGGGCAAAAUGAAAAUGUUAUUGAUCAAGAUCCAGCAUUUUUAUUUGAACAUGAAUAUCAUUUUGAUUUGUCUAAAUGUUGUUUUGAGUUAAAGCCUGAUGACUUACCAAUGCGGCGUUUGUGGAAUAAAAAAUACCCAAUGAAGUUUUCUGUUCCUAUUGGUGAGUUUAAGAAGAGAAAAAUUAAAAUAACUUUAGAGGAACUCACAUCAAAUUUAAAUGAUGUAUUAAAUAACUGCAGUUGUGAUGAUAACAAAAAUGAAUUAAUUUUGAAUACUGAAGAGGAGUUAUUUUACUUAUUUGUAAAUACAGGCAGAGAAAAGGAAUUUUGGUUUUAUCGAAUUCAGCUUUCUGUUUUUCCUUUAAAACAUCAAGUUACAUUUGAUGAUAUAAAAAAUAAAUGUACUUUAGAUCAGCCAGCAAAAUCUUAUCCUCAUUACAUGGUAGAACUAAUUACUGAAAGUGAGCACUUAAUGCAAAAAAAUAUUAACGGAAAAAAAGUUGAACCACAUUUAGCAUGGCUCAAUGUUUUCCUCGGCAGAGCAUUCUGGGAUUUUUGGCAUGAUAAUUAUUGGAUUGAUAAACUUCAUCAAAAAAUUCAGUCUCGUUUAAGCAAAAUCAGUACUCCUCCUUUUAUAAUGGACAUUAAACUAACUGAGUUAAAUUGUGGACAUAACAUUCCUAUUAUUCACAAAGGAUCUCUUCCUGUUCUCGAUGAAUACGGUGUUUGGUCUGAUUUGCAAGUUUCCUAUAAAGGCUCUUUUACUCUGACUUUAGAAACUCAGCUAAAUGUGGACUACUACAGUGGUUUAAUUUCUGGAAUUGUAAAAGAAAAUUGUGGAAAUACCGCUACUAAAAUGUCAGAUAUUUCAAACGAGUUUGAAGAUGGAAAUGAAAAUGACAGCGUUUAUCAUGAUGAAAUUCCUGAUGUAUAUUUAGAUGCUUUUGAUUCGCAUGAUUCAAGUUUAGAAGCAGAUAGUACAGUUAUGUCAGAUCCAAGAACCAAAGCAUUUCUAGAAAGCAACCCAGGUAAAAGAUUAGUUGGACUCGUCUCUUGGUUAGCUAAAUCAAAGAUUGCAAAACGAGUUGCGGAGACAGAGUUUGCAAAAAAAGCAUAUACUAGAGUAUGUGAGAAAUUUCGUAAAAUGCCAAUUAUACUCAAAGUUGAAAUUCAAAGUUUGAAAGGCAAUUUGGCAGUUAAUUUGCCACCGCCCCCAUCAAAUAGACUUUGGUUUGGAUUUCGAGGUAACCCUGCCAUAUUCAUAUCUGCAUCUCCUAAAGUUGGAGAAAAACAAGUUCGACUUAAUUAUCUCACCAGUUGGAUAGAAAAAAAGCUGAAGGAAGAAUUCAAGAAAUAUUUGGUUUUACCCGCAAUGCAAGAUUUUUCUAUAAAACUGAUGGAUCAUCAACUGAGAGAAAUUUAUCCUGAUAGACCUUCAUCGUAGUAUCUGGUAGACCUUUAUUGUAGUUGUCUGGGUUGUAGCUUUUGUCUUACAUUUCGUUAUUAAUAUUGACUUUGGUUAUAGUCUUUGGCAAUGCUAUAUUUUUUCAUUGAUUAUAAAAAAAAUAUUUUUUUGAUCUUUAUAAGUUAUUUCUGAAAAAUUAAAAUUUGUACUUUUUAACAAAGAAUUUUAAUGACUUUUUAAGCUAAUUGGUUAAACGUUCACGCUGGCGUGUUUACAUUAUUACCUUUAGCUUCUUUUUUUUUUAGCUUGAGAAAAAAAUCUUUUUUUUCAUUAAUAAAAAUUAUAUAAAUAAGAGUUUAUUAUGAAGAGAUGUUUAAAUAUUACUUUUUUAUGUUAUAUUUUAAAACCCAAUGUUCAAGUGUAUAUAAUAUUAGCUCUUAAAAUAUAUAUUUAUUGUGUUA